AUGGCAUCAGAAAGUAAUUGGUCGUCCUUUCUUAACUUUAUUGAAGAUCUUCUUAAUGAGAGUGAAAAUCACAUGUCAGGUGAAGAUUAUUCCAAGAUUGAAGGUUUACUCGAACCCCUUCAUGCUGCCCGCAAUGGAUGUGAAAGAAUAGUUCACGCGCUCACUUCUCUUUCUGAAAUAGAACUAGACUCAGAAACUGUUUCAAAGAUCAAGGUGUUUUCAGGAACUCUUCAGGGAGUUAUCGAUUGUGCUGAGAAGAAGUUAUACAAGAUUAAUCCGUCAGUUUACGCUUCCUCUCGUAUUCCAGAGGUUCUAGUUCACCGAUCUGGUUUUGUUGGCAGACCGCGGGUUGUGUUGAACCUUGUCCAGGUAGAAUUCCUCCGUUCCUGGCGUUUCUCGUGGACUCGAAUUGCCUACACACUCUGUAUAUCAAGAACAACUCUCUGGAGGCGCCUUAAAGAGACAGGUUAUGACUUUAGCAUCGACGGACGGUUCACGCAAAUUUCGGACGAUUCAUUAAUUAAAGAAAUAGAGAGAAUAAAAGAAACAUUUCCUGACUGUGGUGAGCGAAUGGUGAUUGGUUGCCUCAUGAGCAAUGGGAUUCAUGUGCCAAGACAUCGUGUGAGGGAGUUCAUCUGCGUUCAGGAUCCUAUUGCCGUCCUUCUACGUUGGACGAUCGCCACUACACGAAGGAAGUAUAGCAUCCCUGGACCGAACGCCUUGUGGCACAUUGAUGGUCUCCACAAACUGAUCCGGUGGGGAUUUGUCGUUCGCGGUUGUAUUGACAGGUUUUCACGAAUGAUCACCUACCUCAAAUGUGCAACCAACAACAAGUUCUAA